AUGUGGCUGUUCCCUGCUCAGAAGUUUAAGUACGUGUUGGAGGAAGUUCACACCUGUGAAGGAUCUCUGAAUAACCUACAAGAAGAGCUGACGUUCUCCAGCCAACGUCUCCCUCUGAUCCAGGAUCAGUUUUCCAACUUUUCUGCUCGGCUGGAGCCCUACAACUACCUGCACUCCCAGGGCCUGUAUACAGAACUGUCCCUGCGCCAGCUGGGCCAGGAGCUCAGCCAGUUACAGGUGGACAUCGAUGUGGUCCACAGCCAGCUUAACAACUCCGAGACACAGAAACUCUCCAAAGAGGCUGAUAGACUACAUAAACAUGUAAACAAGAUGCAAACAAUAGACACGCUUAACAUGAAGACUGUGAAGGAGAAACUGCGCUACCUAAAGAAUAAUGUGGAGACCUGCAAGUCAAUCCCCAAAGACUUCAGAGCGGUAGCUGCAAAGACAACAGGUGAAGCCUGGAUAGCUGCAGUGACCGACUCCUCAUCAUCUGACCGCAUCCUGGCCAGAAAUGAGGCAGGAGAUGAGAGGUCUGACCGAGACUGUGAGGAUGAGCGGCUUAUCCGUGGCAGAGAGGUGGAUAAAGGUGACUCAGGCCUGGAAAAGAGCCUCAGCGAGCCAACCCAAAACUCCUCGGGGCCCCGAGGCUGUGGUGGAGAACGCUGA